AUGAAAUCUAAUCGUGCAACUGCAAAAGGUCAAAUUACUAAGAUCUCAAAUUGGAUUGAAGAUAAUCAAAACAUUGAACUUGACGUAAAUGUAUUUCACUCUCGUUUAGAUUCUUUACAUCAGUAUUUUGAUAAAUAUGUACAAAAUCAUUAUGGUAUCUUAGAAUUAAUUAGUACAGAUGAAUUACCGCCAACGUGUGACAGUGAAGAUGAUUCGUUAAUAGAAAAUAAAUUUCACAAGAGUCGUGCUACAUUAAUUAAAUGUAUAGAUAAGCUUACCCCUCAACUCACUACAAACAAACAAAAUUUAGCUGUAACCCCUAGCCCCGUUGAAGCAAAUUCAGGUGUCAAGUUACCUGAUAUACAAAUCCAAAUAUAUAGCGGGAACCCACAGCAGUUCGCAGCUUUUUAUGAUUUAUAUGAAAGUUUAAUUAUAAACAACUCUAGAGUAAAAUCAGAUGUUGAAAAGUUCUGUUAUUUGAAAACUCUAUUACGAGGGGACGCGCUAAAAGUAAUUGAAUCAUUAAAAGUCACUAAUGAAAAUUUCAAAAUCGCUCUUGACCUUUUAAAAAAGAGAUUUGGUCAACCUACAGCUCUAGUAAACUCUCAUUUUCACACGUUGCUAAAUAUACAAUCUAUGAAUAAAUGUAACUCGCAAAAUCUAAGAGACUUCGUUUCUACGUGCAAACAACAGUUGUUAUCUCUACAAAAUUUAGGUUAUUCAUCUGAGGCACUGUUUGAAUCUCUUUUAGUUUAUAUGCUCGAGCAAAAAAUAGAUUUCAUUUCAAGAAGAGGUUUUGAGGAAGAAAUUGAUCUAGAUAAAUUGCCUUCAACAAAUAGUUUUUUUGAAUAUUUAGAUAGACGUUGUAAUCUCUUAGAAAAGUUAUCGAAUAUGGAAUCGAACUCUAGUAAGAAAUCUCCUAAACUCAAUAGAAAAGUAAAUUUGCAUUCAAAUGUACAACAAUGUUCUCUCCCCACGAUAAGACCUGGCUCAUGUAUUUACUGCAACGAUGUCACUCAUAAGAUUUAUAAUUGCCAGCAGUUUCGCUCACUCCCUCACUCAAAUAAAAUUGACUUCAUUAAAAAUAAAAAGUUGUGCUUUAAUUGUUUGGGUAUUCAACAUACGGUUGAAAACUGUCCCUCCUCACGCACAUGCUCUUGUGGUAGAAAGCACCACAGUCUGAUUCAUCAAAAUCAUACAGGGGACAGAAAUUCUCAGUAUAAUACUCCCUCUUCGUCGAGAUCUAAUGUAAAUAGUUUGCCCCAUGUAUUUGAUGGUUCCCCCUCUGCUCCUCACUCACAAAGAAAUGUAAACCCUCUUCCAGCUUCUCAGAUCCCGCCUAGAGAAGUGCAUUCCUCCAGCAGUUCAUCUUCGCAACCAACUGGUAACUCGGUUAGUUGUCACUCCCAGACUCGACAAGCUCACGUACUAUUGGCCACAGCAAAAGUCGCUGUAUACACCAGAUAUGGCGAAAGAUUAUUGGUAAAAGUCCUCCUUGAUAAUGGUAGUCAAAAUUCGUUCAUCACCCGCUCCCUAUGUAAACGUUUAGGAUAUGCAACAUACCCUCAACAGCUGUAUAUCUCUGGAAUUUCAGAUAAUGACACUACCCUCUCUAAUGAAAUGUUGGAUAUAGAAUUUCUUUCUAUACAUAAUCAGAAUAUCAGAUUUUCUCUCUCAUGUGCGGUUAUAGAUAAGAUAACUAAAAAGUUGCCACAAUUUAAAAUAAAUUCAACCUCUUUAAACAUUCCUCCUCAUUUUCUCACAUCUUUAACAGACCCAGAUUUUGACACACCCUCAGGUAUAGAUAUUUUAGUAGGAGGUGAUCUCUAUUAUGAUUUGUUGGACAAUGAACCGAACGUUAGUUUAUAA